AUGGCGCAGUCGGCCCACACCGCCCUCGACGAGACGAGCGUCAAGGGGGAGUUCAAGCGCGUCGAGUCAUGCUUCCGGAAUUUCAUCGAGGAGGGGUCGCGGUUUGAGCCGGAAGCUGGGCGCUACCACCUGUACAUAUCGUACGCGUGCCCAUGGGCGAACAGGUGCCUGGCGGUGCUCCGCAUGAAGGGGCUGCAAGACAGCAUUGGCCUCUCCAUCGUGCAUCCAACAUGGCAGUACACGCGGCCAGGGAAGGAUGGGCAUUCUGGCUGGGCCUUCUACGAUCCCUCACAUCCCCCCAUUGCAAACGUGCUAGGUUUUGGUUCCUUCGAUUGUGACGGUUGCAUCGUUGACUCCGUCAAUGGCGCAAAGUUUAUCAGAGACCUGUAUGAGAUGUCCAACGACACACUUGGCAAGUACAGCGUCCCAGUUCUGUGGGACAAGAAGGAGAAAUGCAUUGUCAACAACGAGAGCUCAGAGAUCCUGCGCAUGUUCAACAGCAAGUUCAACAAGUUUGCCGAAAAUCCAUACCUGGAUUUGUGCCCCGAGUCGCUGAUGGCCAAGAUCGACGAAGUGAACGACUGGGUGCUCCCCACGAUAAACAACGGGGUGUACAGAUGCGGGUUUGCUCAAUCGCAGGAGGCAUACGACAUUGCAGUCAAGGAACUGUUUGCCUCCCUCGAUAGGUGCGAGGAGAUCCUGUCGGAACAGCGCUUCAUUGCCGGGAGCGUUCUGACAGAGGCAGACAUUCGCCUUUUUAUGACGCUCAUCAGGUUUGACGAGGUGUACAUUGUGUACUUCAAGACAAAUAAACGGGCGAUUCGCGAGUACCCAAACAUCCGCGAGUAUGUAAAGAACAUUUACCAAGUUCCCGGAAUGGCGGAGUCAAUCAACAUGAAGCACAUCAAGACUCACUACUACACCUCCCACCCCAAGCUCAACCACUAUGCCAUCAUUCCCACCGGCAGCGACUAUUGGUGGGAAGAGGCUCAUGACCGCGCGAAGUUCGAAAAACACUGA